AUGUUACGUUAUUUAGGGCCUAAAUUAAAAAAAUUAAAACGAUUAAAUAUACAUAUGCAACCUGAAUUUUCUACUAAAUAUUUUAUUUUAAAUACAAAUAAAUAUAAUAAUAAAAUGAUUUUAUCUUUUUAUUUAUUAGAGUUAUUUGAAAAACAAAAAUUAAAAUUUACUUUUUCAUUAUCUGAAAAAAUAAUUAAAAAAUAUAUUUUAUUUAUGCACAAAUAUAAUUAUAAAAAAUUUAAUUUAAUUAAUAUUAUUGAAAUACGUUUAGAUAAUACAAUUUUUAAUUUAGGAUAUUCUAUUACUAUUGCACAAGCAAAACAAUUAAUUAUUCAUGGUUAUUUUUUUGUUAAUUUUAAAUUAAUUAAAAUUCCUAGUUUUUUAUUAAAAAAAGGAGAUAUAAUUACUUUAUCUCCUAAAUCUUAUUAUAUUUUUAAAUUAUGUAAAAAAAAUUUAUAUAAAAAAUAUAUAAAAAAUUCUAAUAUAUAUGAUACUAUAUAUAUUUGUAAAAAUACAUUAAUUAGUAUUAUUUAUUCAAUAUUAAAUAUAUAUAAUAAUAAUAAUUAUAAUAAUAUAUUGAUAAUGAAAUAUUAUUCUUAUUAA